CCGUCUCUGCCCGCUCUCUCGACGAUUUCUUUCUCUCCCUCCAUUUUGCCCCCUUCUUGUCUUUUUGUUAGGGUUUCUUCAACUCUGCUCUCCAGCUCCUCCCUCCCCAAUUCCGCGCCCAGCCGAAUUGGCGCGAUCUCCGUCGCCAUGGUCUCCGGCGUCGCGCACCGCCCGGACAAGGACGGCGGCGCUCCGGCCGUCCAACGCCCGCUGCCGCCGGUGGGGGCCCGGGCGUCCCCGGGCGCGCCGACGCCCUCCGCGUCCACCAGCGGCGGGAGCGCGGGCUCCCCGUCCAGCCGCAGCGAGCAGCACGCCCCCGACGGUGCUGGCAAGGGGGCGGCCCUGGCGGCGGCGGGGGCGUCGGCGUCGGCGUCCACGCCGGUCAGCGAGAGCACGUUCCUCCGUCUGAAUAACCUCGACAUCAACGGCGACGACGCGCCUUCGUCGCAGGCUCCUACGAGUAAGAAGAAAAAGAGAGGAGCACGGGCAGUUGGUCCUGAUAAAGGUAACCGGGGAUUGCGCCAGUUUAGUAUGAAAGUUUGUGAGAAAGUUGAAAGUAAAGGGAGAACAACAUAUAACGAGGUGGCAGAUGAACUUGUUGCUGAGUUUGCAGAUCCCAAUAAUAAUAUUGAAUCACCAGAUCCCGACAAUCCCAACGCACAACAAUAUGAUGAGAAAAAUAUACGAAGAAGAGUUUAUGACGCUUUGAAUGUUCUGAUGGCUAUGGACAUUAUAUCGAAAGAUAAAAAGGAGAUCCAGUGGAAGGGCUUGCCUCGGGCUAGUAUAGAUGAUAUUGAAGAAUUGAAGACAGAGCUUGUGGGACUGAAAGGUAGGAUUGAGAAGAAAAGUGCUUAUUUGCAAGAGCUGCAAGACCAAUAUGUAGGUCUGCAAAACUUGAUUCUACGGAAUGAGCAGUUAUAUGGUUCAGGAAACACACCUCCAGGUGGAGUGAUUUUGCCAUUUAUCCUGGUCCAGACACGACCUCAUGCAACUGUAGAAGUCGAGAUAUCUGAAGAUAUGCAAUUGGUGCAUUUUGACUUCAAUAGCACUCCGUUUGAGUUGCAUGAUGACUCGUAUGUACUAAAAGAAAUGAGGUUAUGUGGAAGAGAACAGCAUGACGGUAGUCAAGAGCCAAGCUCAAAUGGAGGUGAGAGCUCAAGCAUGCCAAAUAUUUAUCGGCAUCAGUUACAGCAUCCUGGAGGGCCUAAUAACGGUACAAUUAGAUUACCAACCUCACCCCCUAUCCCAGGAAUUCUGAAAGGGCGUGUGAAGCAUGAGCAUUAGGGCUAGGAUGUUUGUUUAUCGACCAUGUUGUCUGAGUUGUUUUUUUUGUUACAGUUCUUCUUUGUGUAAAGGGCCUGUAAAUUAUUGUACAAGGGGAGUAGUAGUUUGAUCUGAUUUAGCUCUGCACCAGAUUGGUAGAACGAUGGGUACCCUCAGUAAUUCUAACCGUCUUAUGGUUGAGGAAAACAUUGACGAGACGUAAUUGUGUAAAGCAAUGUAAAAUAGUUAACGCU